CGCCCUCGCCUCCGCCGCCCAACACCACAACAGCCAACACCAAAGAAUCAACAAUGAGGUCCAGUGGAGUGGUGAUCAUGACUGCGGCCACGCUGCUAGUCUGCUGCUGCGCGUACUCCCAUCAGGAACAAGAACUAAGCGAAGAACAUUCGAGAGGUAGCUUCGACGCUGCGGAUUACAGACAACAAGAGGCGUUGGAGAAUUUCAUCAAAUUUCUAGUCCAAUACGAGCGGCCGAGGGAAGAGUCGGGAACCUACCCCAGCCGCUCCGGGGAAAGAUACGCCAGAUUCGUCGACUCCCUGGGGGGUGGAAACUUCGUCCGGAAUCUAGACUCUAUCGGGGGCGGCAACUUCGUCCGAAAUUUGGACUCCAUCGGGGGUAGCAACUUCGUGAGAAAUCUGGACUCCAUCGGUGGUAGUCACUUCGUGAAGAAAAACCUGGACCACAUCGGCGGACCGAACUUAGUUAAGAGGACCCUCGACUCGAUAGGAGGCGGAAACUUCGUGAGGAACCUGGACUCCAUCGGUGGGGGGAACUUCGUCCGAGCAGUCGACCCGCUAGGAGGAGCUAACUUCAUUUGUCACAAGACAAGGAGCGGUAGCCCUGUAAGCGACGGUCGUCUGAUGCGUCAGGUCCGGGAGGCCCAUCGCCUGACAUACCCCCAGGCCCGUCGGUACGAGCUAGCAAGCAUGUACGGUGGCAAACGCUACCAGUGGCCCUUCAUGUCGCCCGCCGAGUUCGCUUACUAUGGUGAGGGGCUCCCCAAGCGAAACUUCGACGAAAUCGACCGGUCAAACCUGGACAGCUUUGUGAAGAAGCGUAACUUCGACGAGAUCGACCAGACCUCCAUGCCCUUCCCCUCCAAGAGGUUCGCGUACAGGCGCAGCGGUGAUGAUGAUGGACUAGUGCCAGCCGAAUUCGACGAGAUCGACCUCUCAGGUUUCCCCAUCGGCUCCAAGCGAGGAUAAACCACUCUAUGUCCAUAGAAAUAAGAGCUUCAUCCUAAUGUACCUUAAUGCCGAAUAUUAUGUUAGUAGAUACAGAUAGAUUAGUAUGUUUGUCAAUUUCAAAUACCUUAACUGUUGUAUAGAGUAUAUAACCAUAUUAAUAUUAAUAUUAUAGCAGAGUUAUAGCAGAGAUAUUAACGGUUUAUCUAAGUCACAAAUUAUAUAAUAUAUUAUUUAUGUCUGUUUAGUAUCUGGGUUGAAAAACUGUACUGCGGGGCUAAAAUGGUCGCUUUGGAGAGUCAUAU